AUGGCCUCCCGGCGCGCAGUACUGCCGCUGCGCAGCCUCCUCAGCAGGCAAUGCGCCGGCACCCUCCGCCUGCAACAGAGGGCAUCCAGCUCCUCAUCUACACAGGCACUCGCCUACAAGGCCCUCCACCGCCGCAUCGCGCCGCUCCCAACCGAAGACCGCCCUCCGGCAUGGUCGGCGCCUGCUGCCGUCAGCAACAUUCUCUACGAGACACCACUUCCGUCACAGGCCCCCCCAAAGAGUCACAUCCUCAAUUGCUUGGUCCAGAACGAGCCCGGUGUGCUGUCCCGUGUAUCCGGUAUCCUGGCCGCCCGUGGCUUCAACAUUGACAGUCUGGUCGUCUGCAACACCGAGGUGGAUGAUCUCUCGCGUAUGACAAUUGUGCUCCAAGGUCAGGAUGGGGUUAUAGAACAGGCCCGCCGCCAAUUGGAGGACCUAGUCCCUGUCUGGGCUGUGCUCGACUACACGGAAUCACCCCUCGUUCAGCGCGAGUUGCUUCUCGCAAAGGUCUCGAUCCUCGGACCUGAGUACUUUGAGGAGCUUCUUGCACACCACCGUGAAAUGGCCCAGCCACCCGAGACGGAUCGUCACGAAAUCGAGAACAUGUCAGAGGAUGAGCGCAACGCUGCAGCACACGAGGCUGCUCGUGAGUCGCUGAGGAAGGACUACCACCCCACAAACCUGCCCAUCAGUCAGGCGCUUCGACACAAGCACGAACAUCUGCGUGCCAUCACCUUCAUGACUCAUCAGUUUGGUGGGAAAGUGCUUGACAUUAGCACCAACAAUUGCAUAGUAGAAGUUUCGGCAAAGCCCACCAGGAUCGACUCGUUCAUGAAGCUGAUUGCACCAUUUGGUAUUCUCGAAUCGGCGAGAACUGGUCUAAUGGCUCUACCCCGCUCUCCUCUCCACAAUAGCGCAGAAGUCGAGGAGAUGGAGGCACAAGAUGUUGUCGACAACAGCCUGCUCCCCCCAGGUUAA